GCGUAGUUCGAUGUCAACCCUCCUGAGGCCUCGCCCCUUGCGUAUCUUAGUGGGCGUGGGCGAUAUUGUGGGUGGCGAAAGUGAGAUACCCGGUCGUCUUCUUUCGUUUCUUUGACUGAGGCCGGUGAUUCGAUCCCAUCUAAGAUUUAUUUGAGUCGGGAGAAAUCAGAGUAUGGUUUUUUUUUUUUGCUACUUGCAGGAGCUGUAGUCAAUGCCUGUUCUGAUGGAGUUGUGGAGGACACCCGGUUUGGUCACGAUAAUUUUCUCGUGCCCGAGGUCCAUGCAACUCUGAGUACGACUGCGAAUUGCUUCAAUUGUGAGAGUUCUGUAGCCGAUUGACUCGAAUGUGACAGCCACUAGGGUCUUGGAUAAGUCUAUCUCGAUUCGGUGAACGACCUCAAAGGAUUGCGACUGGAAUGUGCUUGCAAAAUGUCUCAAGUAAGGGCUAUGGAUUAUAGAUGCUCUGGUUCGCUACCACAUUUUGUACGCAGCUUGCAGGGUCUCUCCUCAGUUGCUUCGAUAUCUCGAGCUGCGCUGUCUGCACAAAUUUUCAAAGCUCCUGUUGGAAUCUUGAAGCUUUCCGACCGCAUAAAUUAUGGAAUACGAGCAGUUAGCGACAACGGAGAUGGUCGCAGCAAUUUCUAUUGCAUAGCAGCGAAUCAAAAUCUUGAUGGGUUUUCCAGGGAUGCUACCGACAAGCCUGGCCUUGUCAGCUAUCCUCCAAUUCAACGACCAAACGUGAAACCGAAGAAGUCGUGGAUGGAGCAUGCUGUGUUUUUGGGCAUCGGGGUUCUGUUGGCCAUGAUCGCAGCAUCCGGGUUCCGGCCCAGGUUCGCCCUCCCAGCAGCCGCCGCAACAACAGAGAUUGUUAUAAAAGCUCGACCAAAAAGAACAACUAUGAAGGCAACAGCAAAAGAAAAGGCUGUAUACGCUCUCGACUACUUUUUUGCUACUGAGCCUGGUAGUAAGGCAAUAAUAUUGCUCGCCAUUUGUGCUUCAAUGACAACCAUUGGAGGUAUCUUGUUCAGCAAAGCUUCGUACUCUGAAGGUGAAGAACUGCCUCUGCCGGAUUCGCUAUGGUCAGCAUGGACCUUUAUCUCUGAUCCUGGCACUCAUGCUGACGUGCCGGGUAUUCGCAGACGGCUGGUUGCUGUCCCGCUCACUAUGGGCGGCAUGCUUUUUUUCGCCUUGCUGGUGGGUCUGAUGAGUGAUGGAGUGAGCGCUCGAGUCGAUCACCUCCAGAAAGGCGCUAGUAUAGUUAUUGAAGAGAAUCAUACAAUUGUAGUAGGUUGGACUCCGAAAACUAUACCUCUUGUGAAGGAGCUCACUGUUGCCAAUAAAACUCGUGGUUUAAAACGCAGUAUUGUGAUUUUGGGAGACAAAGAUAAAGAAGAUAUGGAUGAGGAUUUAAGAACAGCCCUACCCAACGCAGAACGGAACGGAUCUAAGAUUGUCACAAGAUCUGGUGUUCCUACAGAGACGAGUGACUUGAGGAAGUGUUCGGCAUCCAUGGCCCGUUCCAUUAUCCUUCUUUCUCCACCAGGGCUAGCACCCCAUGAAGCAGAUGCUUUGGUGCUUCAUCAAGCCCUUGUAUUGGCUUACUUAUCAGAGCUGAAGGCCGACUUGGUUGUUGAACUCGCUGAGUUGGAUAAUGUUAAUCUAUUGAAGCAAAUUCUGUCUUCCCUCAUGAAUUCUCCAUCUAAAGAACUCCCUUCAUCAUUGAAAUCUUCUCCCUUAGUUUCAUCCGAUCCCACCAUGUUACUGAAAGCAGGUGAAAGGAUUCAGAAAAUGGUGCCAGUGGCAACUGGAGAUUUUGUGAUGCGUAUGCUCGUGGAGAGAGCCCUUCAGCCUCAAAUCGCUGCUGUCGCCGGAGAGCUUUUGCAUUUUGAAGGCUCAGAGUUUCGGUUUUGCAAAUGGCCGGAGCUAGUUGGGAAAACUUUCGGCGAAAUACUUUUCCUCUUUGACAAUGCUAUCCCAUGCGGCAUGCGCAAGACACGACCGAAUUCGGACGGAGGAUUCACGUUAAUCAAUCCUCCUCCUGAAACUGUUUUUGAGGAGGGAGACAGGCUGCUCGUAAUUUCCGAAGAUGAAGAUAGCUUUAAGCCAGGGGAGUCGAGAGCACCGCAAAAUCCACGUGUUGUUCCUAAUGUUGAGAAGCACUCUAAGGAGGUUCUUAAGGUUCUUAUUUGUGGAUGGAAGCACGAUCUGAAGGACGUGCUAAUGCUUCUCGACAAUAGUGUAGCUAAAGGAAGUGAAGUCACAAUCCUUGCAAACACACACAUCGAGGAUCGGCUUAAAGAGUUAAAAUCUUCUGCAUCGUUUCAUGCCUUGAAAGUGAAUCACAGACACGGAGACCCCUUGUCCAAGAAAGCUUUGGAGAGCCUGCCUCUCGAAAACUAUCAGAAAGUCAUUGUUCUGGCAGAUCAGAAUAGGAAUAGCAGCCACAGCGCCACCAUGACGGCCAUGUUCGUUAGACACAUUCAGAUGCAGCGUGGGAAAAAGGAUGCGGUUAUUGUCGCGGAGCUGCCUACUAGUCAAGAUGAUGCCAUCCAACAAGUGCAAAAGACAUGGCUCAAUGAUUCUGUUCAGCCCGAGCAACUGCAAGCAAUGGUGCUGGCGCACCUGUCUGAAGAUUCUGAUGUUGGUGCGGUGUUGGAUGAAGUGAUCAGUGAUUACGGAUCCUCCCUAACUCUGCGAAGCAUAAGUACAUAUGCUCAGCCUGGCGAAGAAUUCGACUUCUGGGAGCUUCAAGCGCGAGCACAGCAACUUGGAGAUCUAGUGAUAGCCUACAAAUGUGCUGAAGAUGAAAACCGAUGGAUGCUAAACCCUGACCACAAAAGCAAGAUUUUAAGCUGGACUAUGACAGAUGAGGUUCUUGUCCUCACCAGGCCCAAGUCGACAUUCUAAGUGUAAAUGGUGGUAUCUCAGUUCGUCGAAGCAACAAACCCAGUAGCUUAAUCUAUUGGGAUGAAUUGUAACUAAAUUACAUACGCUUUCCUUUGAAAUAUAUAUAUAUAUAUAUAUAUAUAUAUAUAUGUUUUCCAAUUCAGAAGAGUUUUCUGGAUUAUAUUAUCUGAUAUGUGUGUGCUCGUGUAUAUAUAUAUAUAUAUCAUGAUAUAUUUGAAUUUC